CAACAUUUCACAACAUAAAAACUUCUUUCUUUAAAAAUCUUUUAAUUUCAAUAAAAAAUAAUGGAAAUUAGUGACUUACCUUUGGAGAUACUUGUAGAAAUUUUAACAUAUCUUCCUGUUGAUCGUCGUCAAAGUGCAUCAUGGCGAAUUAACUGCUUUUACGAGGCAUCUACUCAUCCACGAUUCAAAAAUGAUUUUCGCUUGAAUUUACGAGCUGCUCAUUUGGAUGAAAACACAGAUCCUGUUCAAGUGUUCGAAGGAAGUCAUCGAGUGUUUGGAGAAGUUGUAUUUUAUGACACAACUUUCGGAAAUGGUUAUGAAGAUUUUCUCGAAGGAAUUUGUAAAUUUGCCGAAACAAUUUCGCUCAAAUACAAAUGCCGGAAAGUUGAAACAAAAAACAUUGUCGCUGUCAUUGGUUCGUGUUGCGAUUUGAAAACACUUUCCAUUGAGCUCGAUGAGGGAUUUGCUGUGAUACUGAAUGCAAGUGAUAAGGAAAAGACUAAAAUUCGUCAAGGCUUAAAAACAAUCGAACAUUUGAAAAUUUCCGGUCCAAUUGAGGCACGUAUCGAGAGUUUUGUUGAAUUCUUAGAUUGGAUGCCGAAACUAAAAGUGCUUGAUUUACGCAAUUUAGAUGUUUUUCGCUCCGAGGAAAGGCAAUUUUAUGAUGCUUUACUGCCUUAUAUCGAACGACACUCUGCCACGCUGAAAGGGAUUCUCUUCGAAAAAGAUUACAAACCUGAAAAUUUAGAAAAGUACAAAAGACUCGUUCAAAUGAGUGAUUUGUGUCUUACCCAAUUUGCCGGAACAGCAUUGCAAAAUUGGAAAUGGAGUGAAGCUGAAUACGAUUGUUUCCGAAAAUUCCUCCAAUCGAAAUGUAAGCUCGACGAAUUGCGACUUAACACUGCCCAACAGCUUGAAUGGGGACACUUGAUUGAAAUUAUUAAAGAACAGAAAAAUUUGAAACGGCUUGAAGUUGAUAAUUUUUCGUUUUUUCCAUCAGUUGAAGCAGGUUUGUUACAUUUGCUGCCAAAGAUAGAGUCGAUAGUCUUUCGGGAUUCGAUGGAUCAUCAACAUCAGGUUUGGCCUCUCGUUAACGAAGAAAAUCUUGUACCUGCCAUAAAUUAUACGCUCAAAGAACUCGUGAUAAGUAAAUUUUAUGGUCUUUAUACGCCCGUUUGGUUAAAUUGUGAAUAUCGAGCCUUAACACGUUUGGAGAUUCGAGAUUGUGAGCUUGAAGACGAACAUGUGCAUUUAAUAUGCGAAAAGCUGCCAAAACUCGUAGAUUUUACAAUUACAAGCCCAAUGAUAACGGAUUUCGCUAUCACAGGAAGACCUCGACGAAAAUCGAAAGCUCAAACGGAAAAAUUAAAAACAGCAAUUGUUGAUUUGCAUCAAUUGAAAUAUCUUGCCUUAGAUUACGAUUCGAUCACAAAAGAAGCUUUCGAGGAACUCAAACUGGUUCAUCUCCAAAAUUUGAGUUUAGAAGGUUGUGAACGCAUAAAUCACGCCGCAAUUCUAAAUAUUGUCAGUAAUUGUCCUAAUAUUGAAGUGUUGAAUGUUAAUUAUUGCAACAAGUUAAAAGACGAGUCUAUCGAAGCAAUUUGUAAAGGCUUACGGAAAUUACGGAGACUUAAAAUUAACGAACUGCCUGCUGUGACAGAAAAAGUGUUCGAAAAAAUUGGAAAUGCCUCAAAUUUGAGAUAUUUGCAUAUGAAGGAUUAUGUUAAGAUUAAAAAUAGACACGAAUUGGCUUCGUAUCUUUUCAAACAGUUACAAAGUUUGAAAAUUGUCAAGUUGGGAGUAAGACAAGAAAUUCACCGAAAUGAUGUUUUUUGUUAAAAUUUCUUUGUUUCAAUAAACGGUCUUAAUUUUUGAAUGUUUCAUCGAUUACGGAAUGACUUGUGAAGUGCUUUUGUAAUGUACAUUCGAA